UUAAUUUGUGUGGAAAAUCGAGGAUUUAUUUCCUUCAUUCUUAUUGGUCCAAUUUUUGGUUAGUGUAUUUUUUUUUUUUUUUUUUUUAACACCUUUUGGUUAGUGUAUGUGUAUCUAAUAAAAAAGAAGAGAGGAAGAUUGAAUAAUUUUGUUUUUAUUAAAAAAAUGCGGAUAUUAUUUCAAAAAUGAUGCGGGAAAAUGGUAGUGGCAAAACUGUAAUAUUAAGAGAGUUUCGAGGGUGUUUCGUCGUGGUGGGCAAAACUGAGCGCACAGAUACUCUUCCCGCCCACUAUAAGACCUUCCUUCUUCAUUCUUCCUACUUCCUCUUCCUUCGUCCUUGUUCCGAUCAUUCUCUCUUCAACUGCCAUUUCUCUAUCUCUCUCUCUCUCUCUGAAUCCCUGAGAAAAAUGUGUUCGCCGACAAGAAAAAAGCAGAGAACCAUGAGUUCAACAGCGGAGUUGGAAGCUGACUAUGAUUCUUAUCUUAAGAAACAUCCCUUGAAGCAAAGCAUUGGUUUUUCUGGACAAAACAACACUCCUCGUAAUAGUGUUGAUGUGGAUGCUGUCUGUGCUCCUUAUCUUGAGAAAAAUCCAUUGAAUCAAAGCAUUGUUGGUUCUGGACAAAACAACACUCCUCGUAAUAGUGUUGAUGUGUUUCGAGGAAAUCAUCAAACCUCUGUACGUCUCCGAGAGAGGAGCAGGACCAGGACCCUUAGUAUUGAAGAUGACAUCCGAAAGGCUCUGUUCGAGAGAUAUCCAGGGAUCGGCAGAAGAUUUUCUCAGGGAAACCAAUCAGAAAACGAGAUCUGGUUAUCUCCCGUGGUGAAAAUAAUUGAAACUCUCAUCAGCCCAGCCACGAUUGAAAACAUCAGUUUUGCUCACUCGAUGAUUGAACACAUUCAGUCUUCCUUUCCCGGUCUCAAUUUGGGCUGGCUGUUAAAAGCCGUUGUUGACAUCAUGCAAUCAAAGAAGGACUUGUCUGAUCUUACAGAACAAUGGGAGAGAGUGAUGGAGCAGUCGAAGAAUCUGCAGAAGGAAGCUGAAGAGAUCAGAGAAAAGAUGGAGAGGAAGAAAUCUUAUCGUCUCACCAUUUCACGUAUCCUUGGGUGAGAUUGAUCUUGAAGAAAGAGAGUUAGAGAAGAAAAAGAAGAAGGAUGAUUUGAAAUUUGUUUUCCCUAUUGGUAGCUCUAUCUGACAUUGCUUCUCAUUUAGUUUUCCACUCUCUCAAUUGAUUACACUAAGAUUGUUUGUUUGUAACACUGUAGAAUGAUGAGUAUAAAGAAAGUCUGAAUCGUCAAAUAUUAUAAUACAUACUGUUGAGUGUUGACUUUGUCUUCAUCUUCUAUGAUCUGAUUUGUUUAAGACUCUGCACUACUGUUGUUGUUCACCAACCUUCUCUAGAAUUGUCUUCAUUAGACAAACCAUCUUCUUCCAUACAUGGAUUUCAUAGAUCACCUCAACACUUUCUCUUUGCUAAUAAACCAUUGGCACAAGUCCAACCGACCAGAGAAUCCACUCUUCUUGUUUUUGCCAAUUUAGUCCUUCACCAAAUCUCAAGCCAUACGCCACAAAUAUGUGACACAAACUCAAAAUGAUCAGUAAUAUUGGUUUGCUUGAGAGUUAAUCUUCACAACCUGUCAAAGAAGCAGAUUUAUAACUUGAAAUCUUCUCCAUAAGCCCACAUGCAGUUCCUUCUCAGUAAACCAACAUUGGAUUCUUGGCCUCAAAGUCAAGACAGAUCUUUUCCUUAAAUUUGGUUUGCUUCGAUAAAUGGUGGAUUUAUAUUGAAUGAAGGAGUCAAGAUUGUUGCAGAUAAUAAUGUUCUUGAAGCAAUUGGCAAAGUCUGAUGUAUCCGAGGAGGAGGCAAACCAACCUCUGAAAAGAUUCAGCUGAGAGGAAGAAAGUAAGAGUGGUUCUAGAUGUUGGUUGGGGUGUGGCUA